UGUAUCUCAUCUGUUCCACCAAAUUCCAAAACCCCAUUUAUGAACCCUAAAGAGCACCGUCACACUCCGAUCAACAUCGCCGGCGACACUAUCGAGUACCGGAGGACACAAAUCGCCACCGAAAACCCUUACUUUCGGAGCAACCGUCAUGCCAUCCAUGUGAAUUUGAAACCCAAACCAUCACCCCAAGAUCUACCUGUAAAUCUGGAGUACACCCCAACUUCGAAGCUACUUUCUUACCUCUCUUCUAUCGCCGGUUUUCUUCUCCGCCUUGUCUUAUUGAGUCGGUCACUAGCGGAUUUCGAAGUUCGGAUUCACAAUGGGUUUGGAUUCGGUGUUUCAAAAAUCAGGUUUUGGAAGUUGGAAUUUCAAAAAUCAAGUCACAGCUUAAGUCUGGGUUUCGAUUCUGAAAGUGAAACUAAAAAGUUAUUGCUGGAUAAGAUGAGCACCAGAUUCUGGCGAAGAUGCUCUAGAACGACGACCACCACCAUUUGUGGUUGCUGGAGGUGGUUCCCGGAGCUGAGAGAGAGAGAGAGAGAGAGAGAGAGAGAUAAGAAUGUUGAAGGUAAAGGGUGGUGGGUUUUAUUGGAAAACAAAUUUGUCCUGGUGUAUGUUUGUGUUUGUAUGGCGUGUUCAAAAAGGAGGAAGGAGUAGUCUUUGAUGGUUGGGAUUUAACCACCGGAGAAGAGAGUGGUGUCGGAAAGGUGGCUGGUGGUGGUGUCGGGGAA